CGCUUGUCUGCAUUCUUUCUCUCCAGUUCUCCCACACGCCCCCGCUGUCUCUCCGGGCUUGAGUCCGAUAGGGUUUUCGCUUCGACCCGAUCGUACCGAUUGCCAUCUGAGAUUCCUUUCCGUCCCCACUUCGUCACCGACAGACCGCGUUAGGCAUCAUCAUCAAGAAAGGCUCCCCAGUAUGGCUACUUGAGUGAUCAUGAUUAUUCUUAGCAUUGGCGUGGAUAGAUCAAUUGGAACUCGACUCUUAUAGACACCUGAUACAACUACCUCCAACCACUCCAGUCCUUGCUGCCCCCCCAUAUUUCGACAUCGAAGCUACGGUGCCGCCCCUGAUUCUUAUCUCCGCUCCACUGCCAUCGCAACCCUCAACUCCUAUUCUUCAACAUGUCUCAUAACUUCGAGAAGUCGGUGAAGGGGGCUACCAAGGUCAAGCUCGCCGCCCCUAAAUCCAAGUACAUCGAACAUAUCCUGGUCGCGACGCAUACAGGCGAAGCAGGUGUUGCAGAGAUUUUCCGGACCUUGCAGCUCCGUCUCCGCGACUCAACAUGGACUAUCGUCUUCAAGGCCCUAAUUGUGAUUCACCUUAUGAUCAGGGAGGGUCAAUUGGACACCACGUUGCAACACAUGGCAGAGAACCCCCAAAAGUUGGCAAUCAGUGGAUACUCGGAAGUCCAGUCGCAAGGCCAUAACAUCCGGAGAUAUUCCGAGUAUCUCCUGGCGCGCGCAAAGGCCUUCGAGUCAACCAAGACCGACUACGUGCGAAGCGGCCAAGGCCGGAUGAAGCGACUGACGGUCGAGAAAGGCCUUUUGAGAGAAACCGAGAUUGUUCAAAGACAGAUCCGAGCAUUGCUCAGAUGUGACCUUUUAACGGACGAUGUUGAGAACGAAAUCUCCCUGACCGCGUUUCGUCUGCUCACGUUGGAUCUGCUGACCCUAUACUCGGUAAUGAACGAGGGAACGAUAAAUGUCCUCGAACACUACUUUGAGAUGUCACGUCCCGACAGUGAACGUGCGCUGGAGAUCUAUAAAACAUUUACUCAGCAGACGGAAGAAGUGGUCAAGUUUCUCGGCGUAGCUCGGCAUUUCCAAUCCGCGACGCGUCUGGAAAUACCUAAGCUGAAGCAUGCUUCUACUGAUCUGACUCGACUUCUUGAGGACGACUUGAAUGAUCCCGACUUCAAUCUCCGCCGCCGCGAGUACCUUGCUCGUAAACAGGGCAAGAGUGUUGGCGCACCAUCCUCUGUGCCCAAGAAUUCCACCGGUGAUCACGCCGUCAACCACGCACCCUCUCCUUCGGCUCGGCCGCAGACACAACCCAACCCGCAAGCUCAAGCGAAAUCGAACCCGGUAGAUUUGAUCGACUUCUUCGACUCGAUCGAGCAAAAUCAGCAGCCGAUGGCACAGCAAAACGCGUACCAGCAGCAGCCGCAGGCCAUGCAGUUCCAACAAGCCGGUUUCCAACCACAGCAGCAGCCAUUCUACGCACAGCAGACCGGCUUUCCACAACAGCCGAUGCAACAACAACAACAACAACCACAGCCGACAGGUUUUGGCCAACAGUCAUCGCCAUUUGGGCCUCAAUUCAUUUCGCAGAAUCCUCAGCAAUUCAACCAACCGCAAGUUCCACAGCCUCUCCAGCCCGACCACACUGGGGCUGGCUUUGGUGGCUACUCAGCGCAGCCCCAAAACUAUGGUUACCAACCUAACCUGGCUCCGAUCCCGCAAAACGACGUUACUGCAUUCCCGCCGCAGCAACAGCAACCGGCGCCGGGGACUCAACCACACCUCCUGCAGCCCCAGUCCACCAACCCGUUCAGACAGUCGAUGUUGAUGAGCACGCCGACCGGAUCGGCCGCCCCACUUGACCGCCAGAACACCAACCCGUUCGCGCGGCGGCUUUCGACAGCGAACCCGCAAUUCAACACCGGUGCUCUUGAGGCGUUCGCCCCAGCACAGGCGCAACCACAGGCUCAAGUGCAACAGGCAGCGCCGCUUCAAGCGCAGCGCACGGGAACCAAUCCUUUUGCCCGCAGCUCCUCCGUACCACCCCAGCAAUCGCCGGGGCUACAGCCUCCCACGGCAGCACCUCUCCGGCCAAACCCCACGGGAAGCACCAAUCCAUUCCGCCAAAGUGCCUUUGUGAACCAACAAACCGGUCAGGGGUGGCAAGUUGGUGGCCAGCAAGGCACAAUGGGGGGACUGGAGCAACUGGACACGGUCCCCAUCUUCCCGCGACCGGGUAUGUAGAUAUGUGAUGGUUGGGGAGAGAUACUUUGUAGAUGAAAAGGUUUCCGUCGCUGCUGCUUGCGGAUGGCGGACCUAAUAGUUGUCUUGUGUGUCGGUAGUGCCGUUCGUUGUCGACCCUACUAACCACUACCCCUUGGCUCACUUAAUACUUGUCAUUAUUAACUGCUUCGAUGCAUUUGACAUUCUGUUUUACUCCCCUGCCCUACGUACGCACGGGCUUGCGCAUGGUGAGCUCGCAGCGCGGGCGCGACCGCUUCAAUUUGAUCCUGUAUUGAUACCUACUUAGUUAUGCCGAGCAGUAUUAGCGUUCAGG